GGCAAGCAGCUUGUGCCCAACACGACUGUCACUCUGGAGCAGCUCCGCUGGCUAUAUCUAUCUGUGCCUGAUCCUCUGCUUCCUCCAGUGGAUGACCUCUCUGCGUAUGCUGGCGUCUACGAGCACCCUGCGUAUCUAAUGCUGAACAUCACCGCUAACUGCCUGCCCUUGUUGGCAGCGUUUCUGCCCCCAUUCCUGCAUAGUCAGAACCUAGCUGACUCUGAAAGGAUCUGUAUCCUAUCGCUAUUUAAUUAUAAAGACUGCCCCGUCAAGCUAGUCCACGUGUCAGGUAAUUUUUGGGUGCUGGGCACCAAGCUCUAG